CAGACAGACAAGUGUGGUGUGUUCAGGACAUUCACUUUGUUCAUCUUCAUCAUGGCUGGAUGCUCGCUGCUCAUCAUCCUCAUGUGUUCCCUUCUUGACAUUGAAGCUGAAGCUCUUCUUCAGCCUGAACUGAUGGUGGAUCGACUUGUGAUCACAGAAACAGACUCGGUCACAUUAACCUGUCAGACUCCACCAUCUGUUUCUGCGUCUCAGUGUGAUUUCUACAUUGAAAAUCAAAAAAAGUCUGGUAACUGUGUUCAGACACUGACAGCCGCUGAUCUGCUGAAUAUAGCACGUAGAAGAUCUCCUGCUGAGGUUAAAGUAAGAUGUUGUUACACUGUGAUGAAUGACGCUAUUGCUUCUAAAUCUCCAGACAGUGGCAUAUCUGUCAUCGCCGUAAACAAUCUUCAUCCACCUAAACUUAUGGUGGAUCGACAAGUGAUCACAGAGACCGAUUCAGUCACAUUAAACUGUCAGACUCCAUCAUCUGUUUCUGUUACUGAGUGUAAUUUCAUCAUUAUGAGAGGAAAACCUGCCAAAAUGUUCUCCUGUCUGAAGAUGCUGAGUGGAACUGAGCUACUGUCAUUAACACAACAAAGUUUACCUGCUAAAGUUGAUGUGACAUGUUUUUACCUUAUAUCACAUCCAUCUCCACAGAGUGACAAAUCCACCAUCACCAUACAACUUUCUCGACCUGAACUGACAGUGAAUCCACUGAUGAUCACAGAGACAGACUCAGUCACAUUGAACUGUCAGACUCCAUCAUCCGUUUCUGUUACUGAGUGUUAUUUGUACUUCCUGCAAACAAAAACUACCAGAAUCAUGUCCUGUGUGGAAAACCUGAGAGGAACUGAGCUUCUGAUGACAGCACGUCAGAGUUCUCCUGCUGAUGUUGAACUAACAUGUUAUUACGAUGUAGAGCGAAGAGGAGGAAAAUAUUCAUCCUCACACAGCAACAUGUCCUCUAUCAGGAUACAAAAUGUAAAAAGCUCAACAGAGUCAGCUUUCAGUGUGACCACAGACUUCACAGUCGGCACACCGCCGAGCACUUUAUUAUCUGCUUCCCUGACAUCAGUGAAACCUACAUCAGGUGAUAUCUUUACUUUAAUUCCCAUUAAAACACAAUGUUCUCUAGAACAAGGAUAUCAUUAAUUUGUUUGUUUUAAUCUUAGUUUAAUUAAACUAUGGCAUCAGAGACCGACUCUACAGAUACUUUGACCUCAGAGUUUCCUGAGACCUCACAGCCUCCAACCACAAGUAAAAAAAAAAAAAAAACACUUUACAUAUAUUUAGCUUUUCUGUUUCUUUGCAUUAUGUCCACUUAAGCCGUGCACCACUACAAAAAUCU